UAACAGCGCCAGCCACUAGCCAGUAGUGCUCAGCUUGCGCACACUGCUUGAGUUAUUCGAGGCCGAUUGUGUUACGUUUUGACGCAUAAAAUCCGUACAGUUUAUGCGGGUAAUGAUCGAUUCGCGUAAUUUAUUUUCACAAACGUUUAAUUUUACCAUAAGUACAGUGAAAUAGCAUUGUGAAUAUUGUAUGAUAGUGCCGUCAAUGACAUCGAUCACAUUAAGGUUUUAGAUUAAUUUCAUCAGCUUCCCUGUCUAUGGAUAGUAUUUAUCAUAUGCUGAUAAAAUGUGAAAACCUUUUAACAGUUUUUAUUGAUUUAAUCAAUAUUCGGGUUAGGAGUGAUUGCUAGAGUGCAACAAUUUAUUUGUAAAGUGAAGCAGUCAUGAUCUAUUUAUUUUGCCUUUAAUAUAUCUCGUGAUGCCUUCCUAUAGUCAAGAAAUUAACGUGGAUGUAAAUUCAAAUGAUGAUAAUGCCUUCAAGGCAAAAAUAAAUGAAAACAAAAAUGAUCAAGUAAAAUAUAUGGCUACGGACGUAGCUAACAACGGAGCCCCAGAAGGUCUUAACGCCGAUCAAAGACUAGCUUUUGCAUUGAGGGAUUUUUUGGGACCUGCAAACAUGGUUUUAACCGACGACGGCCCAUCUCCUUCUAGUAUAGAACAGCCAAUGCCUUUUAUCGACGAAACUGUGGAUACCGAAGAUCCUAUGCAGUCGGAAGAGGAACCGCCCCAGAAUCAUGAAACUGACGAGGUUUUAAACAAUGCAGCCUGCCGACUAAGGAGGUGGCGGGCGGCAUCUAGGAAACUUCGACGACCACGCAUUAUCAACAAUUUAAGUGCAGAAGAUGAGUGUAAUGGUGUUGUGAAAACGUUUAAUGGUGGACAUACGGAUCUUGCAGACCGCUUGCGAAGCUUAGCCGCGGCAAGCAACAUGUCUGCAUCAGCUGGCGAGUUGCUCUCAUUGGCGCCGCCACCUCCCGCCGCCACUGCACCGCCCUCUCCUGGGUGUUUACUUACACCUUCGUUAGCUGAUCAAAGUUGUGCGGAAUAUUUUGGAUCCAGUCCAGAAUGUUGCGCUGACAGCAGCGGCUUGAAAAGUAACAAUACAGCAGGAGUCCCGUUACCGCCGCCCGGACCACGAUAUAAGCUGGCGACGGAAGGAGCCCUCAGAGUCUGCUGCUUCCAGCACACUAGAACUGUUGUAGACAAGAUACUGGGUGCUAAAUUUUUCAGAAGAUGGGAAACUCAUAUUCUCUCGCUCCUCGAAGAUCACGUUGUGUCGAAAACUCCUUCGGGUUUACUAGAACGUCCGAUAUCUUAUAGCUGCAUGCAAGAGGUCUACUGUAUUUCCCGCUGGGAUCCAGCAAGGAAAUACUGCUUACGAAUCGUUAUGCCUCAUGGUUCACUUCUAUUACAGGCAAAUGACGCUUACACACGGGACCAAUGGUACUACUCAAUUGUAUGGAGAAGAAACAUGAUAAGAUAUCGCAAUUUCUUAACAAAAUCUGUCAGGAAAGAAGUAGUGUUGAAAGAGCUUAAGAACAUGGUGGAUUUUGCGAUGACAACUCCUCUGCAAGACGAGAGCGUAACACGUGCACCUCUACAAAUUCUUACUGACUUGCUGUCAGAGAAUAAGGAUGGUCAAGAUUGGGAAGAAUGGGCGGAAAAUGUAACCAGCGUAGCUGCGCCGUUGCUGGCGGAGCGCUGUGUGAACGGCGAGCUUUGCGCACUGCUCGCACGGCUGUGUCAACGGAGGCCGCGUUCGGCGCCGCUGCCUGCGCUGGCACCGCCAGUCCGUCGCGUGUUAACUAGGAAUGUAGACUUCGGUAAAGCACCUACUGCUCGCCAAUUCGUCAGAGAUUACAUAAGUGCUCUCAGCGCACACAACUCCGGUAAGAAUCUCGUGCGCCGGUUCGUGCAAGUGACGCACGGAAGCGGCGCCGCGUGCCCACAUCCGCGAGCGGCACCUAACCUCGCGUCCGUCGCACUCGCUGCGAUUGACGACCGCUAUCGCGAAGACUGUUCUCCUCAUCGUUGCGACGACAGUGAGCUGGAAGUGCUCUGUUUUGCAGAUAUUCUAGAGCAUAUGUGUGAAUACGAUGACUGGCUAGUCGUAGUUGGUGGGGUACUCCAGCCGGUGCCUUUUAGCGCCGGCGCCAUGAAAUGUCCGCGAGUGGCAGCGCGCCUCGGGACCGUGCUGGAGCGGCUGGCGAGCGACCCGCGCUGCGCGGCGCACACGUGCGUGGCGCCCGCCCGCGCCGCGCGUCCCUCUCCGCCCUCGUGGCUACGGGUCACGGCACCUUCUGAUCCUGCGCUGUCACUGCCACACAAACAACUGUGCCAACUUUGGGGAGAUAUGUUAAAAACUCUUCUCGCCUGUUGCUGUAAGCGAAAAAGUUUCCUUCAAAGCAUGAGCAAGCAUCUACCCGAUUUCGUAAUAGUGGCCCUCACUGAACACCCGGCAGCGCUAGAAGCAUUAUGUCUAAUGCUAGAAUGGGAAGUUGCUAGUGGCGAACAAACGCAGCUCGAAAUUAUAGCCGCAUUGCAAGGAACUGAACUGGGCCAGCGGUAUUACAAAGACCUGUGUGAACGUCAACAAACGCUACAAAGAUUGCAGGCUCAGGGCGGGCCGCGUCGGCUGGCGCUGCCGGUGCGCGCGACGGACGCGGACGUGGCGGCGCUGCUGGACGCGGGCGCGCUCGGCAACCUCGAGUGUCUCAGCCUGGCCUUCACCAGCGUCACCAGCGCGUGUGCUCACCAUUUGAUAAAGUUACCAUCACUGCGCUAUUUAAAUUUGUGGGCAACGAAGUUUGGCGAUAGUGGCGUACAACUCAUAGCUGAACAUUUGCCACGUCUGCAAGUUCUUAAUCUUUGUGAAACUCCUGUAUCAGACAAAGGAAUCGAAGCAUUGUCAGGGCUAUCAAGUUUAAGGCGAUUAAAUUUGAACAGCACGAAGCUGUCAGCGGAAGCCUUUGAAAUAUUACGACAAAGAUUGCCGCAAUUACAGGAGUAUGACAUCAGAUACACGGAGGCGUGGUGACAGCGAGCUCCGACGUGCAGGUCCAUGUCCUUCCCCGAUACCCUGGUAUAAAUAAAUUGGGACCUCUAAAAGUAAAUUCGCUGGCCGAUUUACCUAAUUCAUAAUUGUGUUAAGUAUGAAUCAUCAACCAGAGUACAUUCAUUCUCUUUUCGCGUGUUCAAACGCAAUACAAAACGUGAAACUCAUAAACACUACAACACCUAGUCAUAUCUUCGUUCUUUUUAACUUACGCAUUUCUUCAAUCUGAGAAAUACAAUAAUAACUGUCUUUAUAACCUCAAAUGUUAUCUCUGUUGUUUUAAAUCGACUCUUUCUUGUUCAGGAUAAGGCGUAAAUUAACCCGUUUCAUAGUUUUGAAUAAAAUAAUCAAGAUAAUAUAGUAUAAUGUGCUCUCAAUACUGGGUUUAUUUCAUACAUAUAAGUAAUAUAAAUUGUUCAUCAAGCAUCUUUAUCAAAUAUAAAAUAUGUAAUACGUAUCUACAUUGUAUAAUAAGUACCUUCAAUCAAAUCAUUCAUAGUGAGCCUAAAACCAAAACCAAAUAGAAAGUAAAUAUUAUCACAUUGUUAUGAAUUACAAAAUCCCUAAAAUAAAAUAAAAAUUUUAGAAGGAAAUGUAAGAAAAUAGAAAUAGAAUUUAAUGUUAAUAAACGGUGCAAAGUUAUAUAUUAAUUAAUAUUUUAAUUAAUUUGCAAUAAGAAUUGCAUUUAAGAUUAUUGAUUGUACCUUUCCAUGUGUGUUAUUUAUUUGUUAUGUCGUCACCUUGAAUAUGUAUAUUUAUAUAAGCAAUAAGUCAAACCGGAUGCUGAAACAUGGAGAUAAUAUAUUAAAAUUUGGACAUUACAAGAAUAGAUGGUCUUUAUAUAUUUAUACUCAUAAACUUAAUUUUAGUCUCUCCGGAAAUACUCACGCUUCGAGUCUGGUUGAUUUUGUUGUUUGUUGUUCUCCUUAGUAUUGUAAUAAAUUAUUGUAUCAUUUUAAAAAUAACGACGAAUUUAACACUUAUAUUGAUUAAUACGAGCCGAGAUGGCCCAGUGGUUAGAACGCGUGCAUCUUGACCGAUGAUUUCGGGUUCAAACCCAGGCAGGCAAAACUGAAUUUUCAUGUGCUUAAUUUGUGUUUAUAAUUAAUUUCGUGCACGGCGGAGCAGGAAAACUUCGCGAGACAACCUGCAUGUGACUAAUUUCAACGAAAUUCUGCCACAUGUGUAUUCCACCAACCAUACACAUGGUAUAUUUUCUAAACAUUCUCCUCAAAGGGAGGCCUUAGCCCAGCAGUGGGAAAUUUACAGGCUGCUAAUUGAUUAAUUAUUAUUUAACGUAGGUAAUGCCGUCUUCGUCAACGUUAACGUAAAUUACUAUACACAAUUACUUCAUUUAUAGAAUUAAUAAUCUACUCUACAUGUAAUGCAUUUAUUUUUUAUACAUUUUGGUAGCAAACGAUUUAUCUUUAAUUAUUUUAAAACGAUUAUUUACACUUUCCCACCUUGUUAUUGUAGUUAGAGAAUGUGCAAGGAGAAAACAGUUUUAUUAAUUAAGAAAUUAUGAUCCAAAGAUGGAAAUAAUUUUAUAGAGUGACAUAGAGUAAUUUAUUGUCAUAUUUGCAUUAUAAAGAAUACGCUUAAAUGUAAGUAUUGUUAGUUUAAGGUUGUUAAGGUCGACAGGGCUGUGAGACUGUAUGAGAGGCGUAGAUAGUUGGAUAUAACUGUUGUCGAUCCUGUGUUGUGUAGAUAGUAAGGUCUAGAUAUACAUGAAGAUAAAUGAGGACACAACGAAUUUAAUUAUGUAACUUGUUAAAUUAUUUUUCGAUACAAGCUUCUUCGAUUUUCUUAUAAGAAACAAUCUAAAGAUCUCAUAGUGUCCUCAAUUAAAAAGUCUCAUUUGCGGUUUGCUAGAAAAAAAAUAUAUAUUUGAAAUAUUAUUGGUUAAAUGAAUCUGAAUAAGCUUGUACUGUCUCUCUUAUUUUUAAAAAUCUAGCUCCAAUUAUUGUCUUUAUGUACGUUAGUUAUAAUUAUUGAAUAAGAUUGUAAUGGAUGGUCAACUCGUUAUUUAACUCGUGGCCAAUGUAUUAUAAUUUCUUGUGCACACUUAGAUUUAUUAAAAUUAUAAUUA